GUCACAGAGCGGUUAUACAAUCUGUGCCCUGACUUGAGCCUGCCAGAACUAAACCUUACCAUGUUCUGCCUUUAAGGGCUGCUUCACAACAAGCUGCCAGAAUGAUGAAAACCAAAUUCUCGAGGAGGAAGGACUUCAAUCUCCCGAAAAUAAAUCAUGUGUGAAAGGAAGCCACAGUGAGAAAAUGGCUUCUCGCAAGUCGGAGACUGGCACCAAGAUAAAUGUUACAAAAGCAGCAGAGGAAUCCAGUCCAGUGGAUGAUUAUGUCACACCUGGGGGCUAUGAGCUGGAGAAAAUCCUCAACCGUGGGAGUGUGGCUUACACUCAUGUCAACGAGGUCUGGCCUAACGUCUAUGUUGGGGACGAGCAGACUGCAAAGGACAAGUUUAACCUUAAGAGGUUGGGGAUUACGCACGUCUUGAACGCAGCGGAGGGGACGUGGAACAAUGUGGACACUGGACCCGGUUACUAUAGCGACAUGGACAUCAUCUACUAUGGGGUGGUGGCAGAAGACGUCCCAGCCUUUGACCUCAGCCAGUAUUUCUUCUCUGCUGCUGGGUUCAUUCAGGAGACACUGAAGAAUCCUGACAAUAAACUGCUGGUGCACUGCGUGAUGGGAAGGAGUCGCUCUGCCACACUGUUCCUCGCCUACCUCAUGAUCUGUGAGAACAUGACGGUGGUCGACGCCAUUGAACACGUGAAGAAACGUAGACGCAUCAUCCCGAACUGGGGCUUCCUGAAACAGCUGAGAGAGCUGGACCAGAAGCUCCAGGACAAAGGGAAGGACUCGACAGAAGACAGCUGACUGCUCUGUCGGUUUGCUGUUCGAGUCAAGUUAAUGGAGACAAGUUCAAGUCAAGUCUCAAGUAACGCCAGACAAGUCAUGCAUCCAGUCAUUUCACACAAGUCCAAGUCAAUCUCCAAGUAAUUCAAAACUAGUCAAAGUCAAACCUUGAGCCAUUUUAGAGAAGUUCAAGUCAAUGGUCAAAUCAUUGGAGACAAGUCAAAUUUAAGCCUCUCAUCACUUUAGAAAAGUCCAAGUCAAGCCUCAACAAAUUGCAAAUCAAGACACAAGUCGCUAGGUGCUUACUUGACAAUUCGACGUUAUAUGAGACAAGCCCAAGUCAUGCCUCAAGUCAUUUAAGGAAAAGUCCAAGAGAAGCUUCAAGCCAUUCAAGACAAGUCUACAACAAAAGUUCCAAGCCAAAAUAAGCAAAUUACAAAUCAAGACACCAGUCUUUCAUGUCUCUGCAUGCUUACAUGACAAUUUGAGACAAGCCUGAAUCAUGCCUCAAGUCAUUUAAGGAAAAGACAAGCCCCAAGUCAUUUGAGACAAGUCCAAGUCACAUCUCAAGCAAUGUGAGACACAUCCAAGUUAAAUCUCACGUCAUUCAAGUUCACACCUGUAAAGUUUUAAUGCAAAAAGCCUAAUAAUUAAAUAUUCACUGUCUGUGCAUGCCAAUGCAAUGACCAUCUGUUGUUGUCCAUUUGAUUUUGCUGUUCUGGGAUUUUACUAGGUAAAACCUUGAGACGUCAGUGUUUUUGAUGUGAAGCUUCAGUGAAAUCUCAGUAAAUCAAGUCUCAGAGCCGUCAAGUUGAAGUCAAGUUUCCUUUUUUCAAACGUGUACUUUUUAUUUUUAAAUACUUUUCUGCAGAGAAAACAGCUGCCUGGAUUAAAAGAAACCUUCAAAAUCUGUCAGUGGAUUGUGCAACAUGCCUCAGGGUAGCAAAUGUUUCAAAUUAAAGGAGAACAAUCAA